AUGCGCAAGUUGCUGUCUGUGUUCAACAAUCCAAUUUCCUGCGUAACUUCUGCGGCAGGUCCUUUCACGAUCACUGGCACUUGUCCGUGCGCCCAGACCUUCUCCUUCCUGUGUGAGCUGAGGCGCUUCCUGUGUGAGGUCCUGCCUCAGAACCGCCCUGAGUCUCCUCAGCUCCAGCUGGGCUCGCUACAGUACGUGCCCUACCUGUCGCUGGGCUUGUCCUCCAGCAAGACCCUGCUGGCUGGGCUGAUCAACUCCUCGUCCACCACUGUCUUCUCCUUCUCUCAAUGGGGCUCCAUGCUUCAGGUGCAUCAUGGACAGUUGGCUCUGUCUCCCUCUCUGUUGGAGGAGCUCAGGCAGAGGUUGGAGCAGAUUGGGAUGCAGAUAAUGGAGGUGAUAGGGGGAAAGGAGGUGGGUAGCAGGGCCAAAGAGAGGUUGGGGAGGCUCAAAGAACUCAGUGCUUUACCAAAGACAGAACCAGGAGCAGGAGAGAACCAGUACCGCGCCUUUCUUCUCCUGAAAGCCCUGCAGACGCUGGCCCGUUCCUACGAGCUGCAGAUAGGACAGCGGACCCCCAGAGCCAGCUCCACUAACCCGGCGAGGGGCAACGUCUGCAGCCUGAGAGGUCUCACCGUCUCCCUAGAGAAGCAUUUAAUAGGGCCCAUGCGCACAGAUCGCUUUGUUGCUGAUCGGCUGGUUUUUUCUUCUUAUCGCUCCCACUUCUUCUGCUCCCCACUACCACAUGACACUCUCCCAUAUGUUGAUCUGGAGGAAGAUAGCAGCAGAUAA